AUGGCUUCGAACUACGAAUCAACAUCACGUGCGAUCGAAAGCUUAGAGUUUAAUUCCCGAUCGAAUGAAUAUCAUAAUGAUCAAAUAAAAGCAAAUGCGAUGGCAGUUAUUGGGAAUUUACCACUGGCUAUAAGAAUUAUAGUUAAACCGUUAGCAUAUCUUAUAUUGAAAUACAUACUUAAGAUUGAUGACGAUUACACAGUCGACAUAGCAGAUGCACAAUUGUCUGACUCAGAAGCGUAUGUUUUGCUUAAGUCACUUGGUGCUCAAAUCGAAAAAUUAAAAGGCAGUGAUUUAACCAACUAUUUCGAUAUUAGUAACCGUACUUUUGAAAGAACAAUAUCAGGAACCGGUGAUCUUCAUAAAUAUGUAGAUGAUAUUGUUCAAUUCUGUGCUUUAUAUGCGGGUGGACGUAUAAAUAUGACAGCAAUAAAAAAUAUAUUAACGUCUCUUUUGAAAAGUGAAAUGGAGGAAGAACAUUCAACAAUAAAUACAACGGAAACCGUUGUAAUUUAUACAACAAGACAUGACGAAUGUGGUGUGAUGAGAGUCGUUUUUACUGGCGAUCAAAUUAAAACUAGUAACUGCUGUAGCAAUAGUGCAAAGACGACAAUCACCGUGGAAAAAGUUGUCAUUAUGUUUCGAAACACAAAAGACUUAUUAGCUAUGUUACGAACAUUCGUUCAAGUCAAUCAAUGACUUCUAUAAUAAUUUAUUAUUUUGUUUUCAUUUUAGUACCUACUGUCAUUUCGUCAUUUCUUCGCUGUAAAUAAACUCGAUAAACAAAAAAGGUCAGCAUGGCAGUUGAAUCGAUGCUUUUCUGCUAAACAAACUACUUAUUGAGAGACUCGAAGCAAAACAAUAUAUGAAACUGAUUCAAAAUCUUUCAAUAUGUAGUGAGAAAAAUUGUAAGAGUACUAACGAACAACGAACUCACUUAGUGUUGUCUCACGCAGCCAGAAAUUAGAUUUUGCACCAAGAUUGCAAAAGUAAUUUCUAUUGAGUUAAGUCUUCGAAGAGGAACCUACUUCAUAAGUAUGUACUAUGGAAAAACUUCGAGACCGAUUGGGUGGAAUACUUUAACAAUGCUAGUCUACGUAUAGGGUGUGGGUGUGGGUGUGGGUGUGGGUGGGGGUGGGGGUGGGUGGGGGGGGGG